CGCCAUUUCGGGGACCUCCAUUUUCAGUUGUGUUUUGUUGAGGAGGGUGCGACUCGUCUGUUGCAGUUCCUCUCUUUUUUGAAGAUUGGGACUAACCAUUUAAGACCUAGAAAAUGGAGACUGAACAGCCAGAAGAAACUUUCCCUAAUAGUGAAACUAAUGGUGAGUUUGGUAAACGGCCAGCAGAAGACCUGGAAGAAGAGCAGGCUUUUAAAAGAUCUCGCAAUACUGAUGAGAUGGUUGAACUGCGCAUUCUGCUUCAGAGCAAGAAUGCUGGUGCAGUGAUUGGGAAAGGCGGAAAAAAUAUCAAAGCUCUUCGAACAGAUUACAAUGCCAGUGUUUCAGUCCCAGACAGCAGUGGCCCCGAGCGCAUAUUGAGUAUCAGUGCAGACAUUGAAACAAUUGGAGAAAUACUGAAGAAAAUCAUUCCUACCUUGGAAGAGGGCCUGCAGUUGCCAUCACCCACUGCAUCCAGCCAGCUCCCGCUCGAAUCUGAUGCUGUGGAAUGCUUAAAUUAUCAGCACUAUAAAGGAACUGACUUCGACUGUGAGUUAAGACUGUUGAUUCACCAAAGUCUGGCAGGAGGGAUUAUUGGUGUUAAAGGUGCUAAAAUCAAAGAACUUAGAGAGAACACUCAGACAACUAUCAAGCUUUUCCAAGAGUGCUGCCCUCAUUCCACUGAUAGGGUCGUUCUUAUUGGUGGAAAGCCUGAUAGAGUUGUGGAGUGCAUAAAGAUCAUUCUUGACCUUAUAUCUGAGUCUCCUAUCAAAGGACGAGCACAGCCAUAUGAUCCCAACUUCUAUGAUGAAACCUAUGACUAUGGUGGUUUCACCAUAAUGUUUGAUGACCGAAGAGGGCGUCCUGUGGGAUUCCCCAUGCGUGGAAGGGGUGGCUUUGAUCGGAUGCCCCCAGGACGGGGUGGGCGUCCCAUGCCUCCAUCUAGAAGAGAUUAUGACGACAUGAGCCCUCGCCGAGGACCGCCACCUCCUCCUACUGGUCGUGGUGGCAGGGGUGGUAACAGAGCUCGGAAUCUUCCUCUCCCUCCUCCCCCUCCACCUCGAGGAGGUGAUCUCAUGGGUUAUGACAGAAGGGGUCGUCCUGGAGACCGUUAUGAUGCCAUGGUUGGCUUCGGUUCUGAUGAGACCUGGGAAUCAACAAUAGAUACCUGGAGUCCUUCAGAGUGGCAAAUGGCUUAUGAAACACAGGGUGGCUCUGGAUAUGAUUAUUCUUAUGCAGGAAGUCGUUCAUAUGGUGACCUUGGUGGACCCAUCAUCACAACACAAGUAACUAUUCCCAAAGAUUUGGCUGGAUCUAUUAUUGGAAAAGGGGGUCAGCGUAUCAAACAAAUACGCCAUGAAUCGGGGGCUUCAAUCAAAAUAGAUGAACCUUUGGAAGGCUCCGAGGAUCGGAUUAUUACCAUUACAGGAACACAGGACCAGAUUCAGAAUGCACAGUAUUUACUGCAGAACAGUGUGAAGCAGUAUGCAGAUGUUGAAGGAUUCUAAUGCAAGAUAUUUUUUCUUUUUUAUAGUGUGAAGCAGUAUUCUGGAAAGUUUUUCUAAGACUAGUGAAGAACUGAAGGAGUCCUGCAUCUUUUUUUUUUUAACGUACUUCUGUUUAAAAAGCCAACAUUCCUCUGCUUCAUAGGUGUUCUGCAUUUGAGGUGUAGUGAAGUCUUGCUGUUCACCAAUUGUCAUGUUUGUAGUUCCUUUUAAAUAGGACAUGGAUAGGGUUCACCCAAAAUUAACAAGUGUUUGAAACGGCACAGAGUAAAUUCAUUUUUGUUCAUUGAUGGUAAAAAAAUUUUUCCUUCAUGUAAAACUAUUGUGAACACCUUGUUUGUGAUCAGUUAUUUUGGAGGACAGUUGGAUUGGGGGAAAAUGGGUCCCUAGCAUCCAUUCAAAGAGAACUGCAGAAUGUAAUACUCUUUUGUAAGAAACAUUUUAUGAUUUUUGAAAUAAAUUUAGUGAACCUA